GUCGUGGUCAAAGUGCAACCAGAGAGAAACUCUCUGGUGCAACAUACCAUCCAAUACCAAUCCAAUACCAUCGUGCAGUUAUAAACACCUGCUGUAUGUACGCCAGUGAGAAGGAACAGCACAUCUACAAAAUAGAACGGUACAUAUAGUACCUGCAGAGACGCAAAUUUAAAAAACUGACCAGUUUUGAUUUUCGACAUCAAAAUGCUUUCUCUUGCGAAACAUACUUUCUUACUGAAAGAAGGAUUCGCUAAGUACGGUUUUGCAAUAAACACCUUGGGAGUAACUAAUUCGUAUGCAACGAAGAGUAACAAUGCUGCUAAAAAUAUUGUAUUUGUCGAUGGUGUAAGGACACCUUUCUUGCAAUCCGGGACGACUUACAAAAAUCUGAUGGCCUACGAUCUAGCCAGACACUCGCUGGUGGCCUUGCAAAGGAAGAUCAAAUUCCCGAAAGAAAUCGUGGAAUACAUCGUAUAUGGCACGGUAAUACAGGAAUUACGCGUGUCUAAUAUCGCUAGAGAAGCAGCUUUAGCAGCAGGAUACAGUGACCGCACUCCUGCGCAUACUGUAACGAUGGCAUGCAUUAGUAGCAAUCAGGCUCUCACAACAGGCAUGGGAUUGAUAGCUUGUGGCGUGUACGACGUAAUCAUAGCUGGAGGAGUCGAAUUCAUGUCGGAUAUACCGAUCAGACAUAGCAGACGUAUGAGAUCGUUGAUGUUACAAGCUAACAAAGCAAAAACGGUUGGGCAGAAAUUAUCACUCCUCGCGAGUGUCAGACCAGGGCAUUUCGUACCGGACUUACCUGCAGUAGCAGAGUUUUCUACUAACGAAACCAUGGGACAUAGCAGCGACAGAUUAGCAGCUGCGUUCGGAAUAACGAGAAAGGAACAGGAUGAAUACGCUUUACGUUCCCAUACACUAGCCGCUAACGCGCAGAGGCAAGGAUAUCUUUCAGACUUGAUUCCCUACAAAGUUCCGAACGUCGACCAGUUAGUGGAUAAGGACAAUGGUAUUCGGGUUUCAACGCUCGAGCAACUAGGAAAAUUGAAACCAGCAUUUGUUAAACCGUAUGGAGGAGUUACAGCUGCCAAUGCUUCCUUUUUAUCCGAUGGGGCAUCGGCAGCUUUGAUAAUGACGGAAGAAAAGGCUUUGCAACUCGGACUUGUACCGAAAGCGUAUCUGAGAAAUUUCACUUACGUCUCCCAAGAUCCUGCGGAUCAGUUACUCUUGGGCCCAGCCUAUGCUAUACCACAGGUAUUACAAAAAGCAAAAUUGAAUCUGAAGGACAUUGGAGUUUGGGAAAUUCACGAGGCAUUUGCUGGACAAAUUUUAGCCAACUUGAAAGCACUAGAUUCGAACUGGUUCGCACAAACUUACAUGGGUAAAUCUACCAAAGUGGGAACACCGGAUCUUAGUAAAUGGAAUGCUUGGGGAGGAUCUUUGUCGAUUGGUCAUCCGUUCGCGGCUACUGGAGUUCGUUUAGCUACUCAUACCGCCAAUCGAAUGAUUAGAGAAGACCAGCAAUUCGGGCUAAUUGCGGCAUGUGCAGCUGGGGGACAGGCUGUAGGCAUGAUUAUGGAAAGAUAUCCUGGAGCCAAGGUGUGAGGAAUAA